GGAAAAGAUUGUGUGUCCUAUGUGUCAUUGGCUUGUAUAUGACUUCAUACUUAGCCAAGUUGAAUGAAGAUAAGAGGACCCAGGAAACCACCCAUACGGGUCAUAAAAGAAUAGAAAUGUCGGUAGGGUAAAUUUAUAGACUGACCAACUUUAUAAACGGUUGCAAAAUCGCAUCUGUUUUAUUGUUCAUUUGAUUGUUCGAAAAAGAGUCAGGUCUUGCGAUGCAGCUGGUUCUCUGUUUUCAGGCGCUAUGGAUGUUCACUAUGUCAGAGUUCCAAAGGCCCCCAAUCUGUGACUUGGAGGAGGAGAGCGGGCCGUGCAGGGCGCUCCACUCUCGCUACUACUAUGACUCUAAAGGAGGCGCCUGCUACAACUUCAAGUACGGGGGAUGUCAGGGCAAUGCGAACAACUUUCAAACUAAAGAAGAGUGCGAGGCCAAGUGCAUGGGGAUUGCGAGUGCCAACUUGACGUCUAAAGAUGUCCAGUCCAAGUCUCCCACAGAAGCCAGUCACUGCUACCUGAGCUCGGAGACCGGCCUCUGCAAGGCUUCCAUUGAGAUGUACCACUACGACCCAUCCACACAGAAAUGUUUCACUUUCUACUACAGCGGGUGUGGAGGCAACGACAACAGGUUUGAGAGCGAGGAGCUGUGCUUAGCCAACUGCACCAAGCCAGCCAGGCUACCACUCGGCCCUUUGGGACCCGUGGUGGACAUCUGUCAAGAAACGAUGGAGGUAGGGCCUUGCAGGGCCAUGAUUCCCAGGUAUUACUUCGACACCGCGACCAGGUCGUGUCAACUAUUCCAUUACGGCGGCUGCAAAGGUAACAACAACAAGUUCGAAACAAAAGAGCAGUGCGAGGCCAAGUGUCUGCCGGCGGACAGGAAAGAUGGUGGCCAGCGGGACAUCAAGUGGACACAGGGAGUCAAAGACGGCAAAUGUUUGCUAGAAAUGGACAGCGGACCUUGCAAGGCCCUUCUGUCCAGGUAUUACUACGACCAAUCCACAAACACCUGUCAAAACUUCAAGUACGGAGGUUGUAGUGGCAACGACAACAACUUUCAAUCCAAGAGCGAUUGCGAGGAAGCAUGCUUGACCAAGACGGUCAGGACCUUCACAGAUUCGGAUAACGCAGCAACGUCAAAGCGACCGCUGAGAUUAUGGUCCGUGAUGGUCUUGCUAGCCAUCAUGAAAUUGGGACAUGGGCAAUGAUUUCGCUCGACUUGCCAAGUUGAAUCUAGGUGCUAUGUAAAUAAGCAAUAGGGAUCGAGAUCUCAAGAAUCUAUGACAAUCAUCUACCUUUACAAUGAAACACCAAUUAAAUUAAUUGUAUAGCUCAGCAGUUAAUGUCUUCAAACUCCGACGUGUACAAACAACAUCAAAUCAUGUAUCCCACAAUUGUAUUAUUAUUAUUUGUAUGAUUUUUGUAUAGUUUCUACGUUUAAUACAUUGUCAUUUUGAUA